GCUUGGCAGGGCCGUCAGAGAAAACGUACUCCUCGACGGAUUUCAUUCUGUUUCCGUCCGACUUCAAGGCGGAACAUAUUUGCCACAGCCAUUACUACAUCAUAGAACACAAUGCCCCACGGAGAACAGUGCAUCUGCGAAGUAUGCACCUGCGGGCGGCAUAAGCUCUGCAAGGCGGUUCGUACCAGUGACUGCCACUUGGACGCUCAUACUGAGUAUGGAGAUAAUUACUUGAAGUUCCAAUCUGGCCCACGCACGAGGGGAAAGGCUCACCCGCAGCAGCUGGAUUGGAAGGCGGGGCCUUUCUCGAGUGCUACUGAAAGUCGCGACAAAUUCGUUCCCCAUGCUGUUGAGGCCCAUCACCCGGUACCAAAGCCCGCCUAUCAACGCAACGACGCCCGUUUCGAGGAUAGCACGACGAGUAAAAGUGACUACCCCGCCUGGGCCGUCUCUCCGGCUCAGUCCAAGAAGCCUCCGGCCGUCUACGUCGAGAAUCCAGUCAAAUUCAGCGGCGAGACCACCAGCAACCGCGACUACAAGGCCUUCGACGUGCAGCCCCGCAACUUCCACAAGGCGCCGGAGUAUAUGAAGCCGACCACGAAAUUUGAAGACGAGACGACCAAUCAUAACGAUUAUAAGGCGUGGAAGGUUAAUCCUCGUGUGGAUGCGCACCCACCUGCUAAGCAUGUGGAUACCCGGGAGGACAGGGAUUUUCGAUCGACUAAUGCCGCUGCUUAUACCGGUGGGCAGUUGCCUCGCGUCUUACCUGCUCCUCGCCCGGGAUAUUCCGCCAACCCAGCGAAGUUCGAAGGCACCACGACCAAUUACGACAGUUUCCGUCAAUGGGCUCUUCCUCCAAAAGACCCGAGGCAAAAGGCUGCAUAUGUGCCCAACCCAUCGCACUUUGAGGAUUUGACGACUUACAAAACGAACUACCAGCCCAAGUCCGUCGAAGUGUCCCACCGCCAAAUCCCACGCUACGAAGCCCCGGACACCAAAUUCGAAGGUCUGAGCACACACCACUCCGACUACGCCAACCCAGGCCGCCAAACACGAGAGCGCGACUUCAGACCCCGGGUUGGGUACAACGCCAUCGGCGACGACCGUGACUGGCUCACCACCAUGCGCUCGCAGUAUACGCCCAAGCCGGUGGAUCAGUGUCCCGCGGUGAGCUGGAUCCCGCAGGAGAGGGAGAGGCACACUGAUGGACAUGUCUAUUUGGCUCAUCAUGAUAGCCCUUUGGCGGCUACUGCUGGGGAAGCUCAUUGAGAGGGGGUGGUGGCGGUGGAUGGGGGAGUGACGGGUAGUUGUACUUUCUGACUUAAUGAAAAUGGGUGCAUAAUGAACAUUCGUUUCAUUGCGUUUGGCCUGGCGGCCAUGCUGUUGUGGCGAGCCGGAAUUCCU